AUGCCACAAGUUACAGUCGAACAGAUUUACAAGGCCUACUCCGAGAUUCAGGAAGCUGGAGAGAAAGCUUCUGAAAAAAAGGAGUCUUACCAAAUUUUAAUUGACGGUGCUCAUGGGCCCACAAGCUCUAAACGCUUGUCCGCACGAUUAAUUCCAACCUUUUUUAAGCAUUUUCCAGAGUAUUAUGAAACUGCAAUAGAUGCUUUAUUUGAUUUGUGUGAAGAUACUGAUUUAAACGUGCGUCUCGAAGUGAUUAAAGCGAUGCCGAAUGUUGUGAAACAACUUAAAAAUUACUCGGAAAGAAUUGCUGAUGCGUUAUUACAACUUCUUCAAAAUGAAAGUGCACAAGAGAUUGCCGCAGUAAAGAAAGCCUUAGAGACGGUCAUUAGAAGUGAUCCGCAACGAGCUAUUAGGGUCAUAUUCGCACAAACGAUGAACGGAUCAAUAGAAGCACGCAAUCGAACCAUCAAAUUUCUGGCUCAUGAAUUGAAUCAAUUCAAAGGCGAAUUAUUUGAGCAAGACAAAGAACUGGAGCAAAUUUUUGCUGAUGAAUUAAAAAAGGCUUUACGGCCUGCAGAAGGACCUGAAUUUGAGAUUUUCUUUAAAAUGCUCAUAACAUUACCAAUGUUUGAAAACAAUCAAAAGAACAACGAAAACUUGUUGCAAGAAUUGUUUAUUUAUGUCACGGAAGAUGGAAAAUUUGAUCUCUCGGACGAAAAAAAAGUGCAAAAAUUGUUCUCGUGUGGGAAAGCGGCAUCGCAAAUACUUCUCCAGAAAGGAGUAUCCAGCACAUCAUUCCUCAUUUUUUUAUCUGAAAAUGUUCUUCCUGUUGAUAUAUUCUCAAAGUUUAAUGAAAAACAGCAAAGAACGAUAUUACGCUUUCUUGCUGAAUGUGCAGCGGCAAAGCCAGAUGAAGCAAAAUUAAAGGAUGUUGUUCCGUUGGUUAAGCAAUUGCUCUGCAAUGAAGUUCCUCAAGCGACAACAGACGCAAGCGCAAAGCCACCAGCUUUAGAUUUAUCUCGAGUAGAAUAUAUAAUUUAUGCAUUAUAUAAUUUUGAUGCAAAGGUUUCAGGUUUAACCGAUAACGAUGAAGUAUCUUCAAGGCUUCGACAUGUGUAUAUGGAAACUCAAAAAACGCUUAGCAGUAUCAAAUUAGGAUUAAUCGAUUUAGAAAAACGUUCACCUAAAGAUCCGGAAACCCUUGAAAGAAUUAAAAAAUGCAAAAAUGGUCAAGCUAUGACAGAAAACAUUUUCUCGAUGGUUAAGGAGCUUUUAAAACCAUCAAAAUUCCGAACCUAUCCAAAAAUCACACUUUCUUGGCAAAAGAUGUCAGCAUCUUCUGCUCAAAAUCAAUCUUUACCAAAAUCAAAAGAAACAAAAAGCAUCAAAACUGCAUCAUCGUCGUUGCCAUCACAAUCUACUUCUACUUCACAAAAACGGGCGGCAUCAGCGGUACAACCGGCAUCGGUGAACAAUGUUAAUAAAAAGCCGAGAAUCAAUAAUCCAACAAAUACAGGUGCUCAGAACACCAAUAUAACAACUACAAUAAGAUCAUCUCCAAAUAAUUUUCGAGUAGUUGGGGUUCCGACCAAUAAUAGAGCAAAGUAUUCUAAUAAUGUGGUAAUGACUGGCAGAUCCAACAGUGGAAAUUCGCCGAAUACACGUCGAAUAAUUCAUACUCAAAUCCAAAAGAAUGAUCAGACGUUGUACGUUCCACCGCCGAGAAGAGGUACGUGA